AUGAACGGGUUCUUCACUGAUAACCAAACUAAGCAAAAAGCUUACGAUCGCUACUACAAUGCAAUGGCCAAAAGUGAUUUUGUCCAAGGCGCGAAGUUGAAGGCGAUGAUCCAAGAGCAAGCUCUGGACGAUGCUAGCAGCGAUUCGUUAGCAAACCUAUUCCAGCAAGUGAUGGGAAAGAAUCGUGAAUAUGACUACGAUCAAAUCACUCAAAAGCUCACGAAAAAAGCGGAUCAAAGGUAA